UCUUUUUUUAGAUUUUAGCGAACGAAUCUUGAUGAGCUGAAUAGAAGCAGUAUCUUUGCGUUAGGCGCGCGCACUACAGUGCGCGGCCAGUGUAGCAAAAUAGCUGUGGAUGUGAGAAUAGACAACAUGUUGCUGCUUUUUCGGUCGACAGGUGCUGUAACCGCCUUCUAGAAGGGGUCGACAGAGGGACACCCGGUGGGCCCGCCGGUCGGUUGGGCCCACCAUUGCAGCAAGUUUUACUGUUUAUUGUAAGUACGUAAACAGCACUGAGUAACUAUGGAGCAGUUUGAGUCGUUGCUGACGUGCUGCGUCUGCUUAGACCGGUACAGGAACCCUAAGCUGUUGCCAUGUCAGCACAGCUUCUGUAUGGAGCCGUGCAUGGACGGCCUUGUCGACUACGUCAGGCGACAGGUGAAAUGUCCAGAAUGUCGUGCCGAGCACCGGAUUCCAUACCAAGGCGUCCAGGGAUUUCCAACAAACGUUACUCUUCAGCGAUUCUUGGAGCUUCAUGCCAACAUUGCUGGAGAGCUUCCUGACCCUACAGCUGGGCAGGUCAUGGAAAGAUGUAACGUGUGCUCAGAAAAAGCAUACUGCGCGCCAUGUGCCCAUUGCGACAAGAAAGUCUGUGAAGACUGCAAGUCAGCACACAUGGAAGUGCUGCGUAGGGAAAUUUCAAGAAUCAACAAUCAAAUUCGCCGAGGCCUCAACAGACUUCAGGAUAUCCUCGGAGUGGUUGAACGCAACACCAUAAACCUCCAGACUAACUGCGGAGCAGUAGCCGGAGAGGUUGACGAAAUACAUAAAAGACUAGCGAAGGCACUGAAGGAUAGAACCGAUUUCUUAAGAAACGAAGUCGAUCGCUACUUAGCCACUGAACUAAGAAACCUCACUAAUCUGAAAGAUAACCUAGAGUUAGAAUUAGGAAAUAUACAAAGUAAUUGUGAUCUCGCCGAUAAAUAUAUGAACGAUGACGUAGAAUGGGAAGACACGGAGUUAGUAGACACUAAAGAAAUCUUCCUCAAAACAGUCGAGUUCCUUAGAAACUUUGAUUACGAAGCUGGCGACUACAAUCGCAGAGUACGAUUUAUUAUGACGCAUGAUCCUAAUCAACUUGUCAUGCACGUCGCCAGUUAUGGUGAACUGAAUAUCACUCAACCCAACGCGUACUCUUCAGGAAUCCAACAGAACCAAGGACUGACAAGGUCCAAGAGUGAUCAUAGAUUAGCAACGCAAUUCCGUCAACAGGAGGAAGCGAAAGGAUGGCAAGAAAACGAUGAACCGAUACUCGGUGGUCGUAAAUUUGGUGAACGUCGACCACCGCCGCCCGAAAAACAUACCCGAGACUACGGUGCUGCUGAUGACUACAGCGGCUAUGAGUCUGAACACAGACCAACUCGGUCAAGGUUCCGUUCGCGUUUUGUAAAAAGUCAUCUAGACAAUGACAGUGACACUGAACAAUCAAGUCGCUCUGUCAAAGCUGAACAGAAAGAGAAGGAGAAGGAGAAAGUAACUGAUACUGAAGAUGCCACUCGUGGACCGCUCAGUGGUAUAUUCAGACUUAGUGACUGUCCGCGUGUCAUGCAAAGAAUAUUAGACGUAGACAGCGGUAAGAAGAAAGAAAAAAAAGAACCUCCUCCACCUCCUAAGCCCGUCCAGCCCACACCUCAAGCGCGUCGUCCUCCUCCCGCACAGAGGCAACAAAGCGAGGACGAUGAGAUAUCACGUCUCAAGAGGCAGAACAAAGGUGCCGCCUCAUCACAAGAGCCAGAGCGUGCUCCUGCACGACCUGCUCAAGAAGAAGAACGAAACUCAAUUAACCGUAAACCACCUACACCGGCUCGGGAGGCGUCAAGUGAUGGUGAAUCCGACGACGAAUCUGUUGGAUCUCUUCAAAGAAAUCAGCGAAAAACUGCCCCUGCGGCUCAAAAACCGGCAACAACUCCUAGGAGACCCUCGGCUACCGAGGCACCAGCAACACACCGUCCAGCCGCUCGUGCACCUAGCACUGAAUCUAGUGCAUCGACAGAAAGCUCCGGCUCGGCGGUGAAACACACAGGUGCCAUUUUAAGCAUCGCUGAAUUAAUGGAAAAGUACAGCCCCGGGUCGACUUCGCCAACUCCAAGAUCUCGUUUCUCUUCCGCAGGCAACGAACGAACAGCUCCGGCCGCUACAAACGGUACAACAGGCGGCGCACAGCGGGUCCAGAGCCGUUUUGUUGGCUCACAACGACCCACGCCUGCACCGGCACCCGCCGAGCCGGCUCACGAGGACUCCGACACGAGUUCCGAGGAAGAAACCGAUUCGUCGGAGGAGAGCGACGAGGAGCCUGUUACGCAAAGAAAGCCCGAGAGCCAGGCGAUGGCUCGCAGCGACAUCGGUCCGCUACUAGCUCGUAGCACAAACGCUCGUAAUGACGCUGCUGACAACAAGCCCAAAGAGACCCCCGCUACUCAAUCGCGAUACCGCACGCGACAAACCUCACAAACCGAAGAAGAACCUGCGCCUAGAUAUAGCGCUGGAUCUUCGUUUAGCAAUCGCUAUGGAAGUAAACCUAGAGAGGAAGAACCUCCAUCGUCUAUAGACGAUGAGACUAAAUACCCCACAGCUAGAUCGAGGUACCUCGCCCUGAAAGAACGCCGUAAUCGUCUUGCUAGAAGUAAAAGCAGCCACACCGGCUUCGGUGCUGGAGACGAUGACGAUCAGGACGAUCCGGUAUCCCCUACCACAGCAUCUCCUUCCGCGUAUCUUGCGGCUCGAUACGGCUCCGGCACUGGUGGUACGGAGUUGUCUCGCAGCCGGUCGUCACACGCGCUAAAGUCUAGAGAGAGCUCGCCUGAGCGACCCACACCCGGAGCCGAAAAAGACGGAGCGGCUCUUAGUUCCUGGGCGAGAUAUUUAAAAAACAAAUACGGAUCGCGGGGCAAGGAUCGCGAUCCUAGCAGUACAUCGUCGAGCACGUCACGUCGCCUGUCUCUCGGGCUACCUUUACGCUCGGCAAACGAGCUUGCCAGUUCGGAUGACGAUUCAAAAAACGCGGCAGGCUCCCCCAUCUCCCCUACGGCGGCUACAGCAGCGGUAGCAGGUUUCGCAGCAGCCGGUUCCUCCCCUAGGAGCCAGUACAUGCAGAAACGCCGUUUACAAUUCAGCGUGGGGAGUCGGGGGAGCGAACCCGGUUGUUUUACAUGGCCUCGUGGUAUCGCUGUAGGUCCCGACAACACUAUGGUCGUGGCUGAUUCAUCAAACCACAGAGUUCAGGUGUUCGAUUCCAACGGUAUCUUUGUGAAGGAGUUUGGACAGUACGGCAGCGGUGAAGGCGAAUUCGACUGUCUCGCUGGCGUUGCUGUCAACCGCAUUGGACAGUAUAUCAUUGCGGAUAGAUAUAAUCAUCGUAUUCAAGUAUUCGAUCCUCAAGGUCGAUUCCUAAGGGCGUUCGGCAGUCAGGGCACUGGCGAUGGCAAGUUCAAUUACCCCUGGGGCAUCACUACGGACGCGCUCGGAUUUAUUUACGUCUGUGACAAGGAAAACCAUAGAGUACAGGUAUUCCAGUCCGAUGGCACGUUCGUUGGCAAGUUCGGAUCCUUCGGGUCUAAGCUUGGUCAGCUGGAGCAUCCCCACUACAUCGCCGUGUCCAGUACCAACAGGGUCCUGGUGUCCGACUCCAACAACCAUAGGAUACAGGUCUUCGAUGUCAACGGAAGAGUCCUCUCGUCAUUUGGCGAGGAAGGCUCCGAAGAUGGACAGUUCAAGUUCCCGAGGGGUGUAGCGGUAGACGACCAAGGCUACAUCGUGGUUGCCGACUCCGGCAACAACCGCAUCCAGAUCUUCCACCCUGACGGCACCUUCCUCAGAGCCUUUGGUUCCUGGGGAUCUGGUGACGGAGAGUUCAAGGGUCUGGAAGGCAUCGCCGUCAUGUCCGGCGGGAACAUCAUCGUCUGCGACCGAGAGAAUCAUAGAGUACAAGUGUUUUAAGAUAAACAUCAUCUAUAACAAGAUUGGGGAUGCAAUGAUUAUUUUCUUUCACGAAAAUAUCCAGAACACUAUUUAACAUAAUGUAAUAUUCACAAAAGAUUUCAAAUGUAAAAUUCAUAUUUUAUUUCGAAUAAACAUGCUUUCUUGAA